AUGUCAACUACGUACAACCAGUCGGCAAACGGCUAUUCAGGUGGAGGAGGAGGAGGCGGACCUGGCCAUACUGAAAAUCCUCAACAAAACGAACAAAGCGAAUCUAUUGAAGAAGACGAAUUUGGACGUACUGAAGAAGAAUUUCAAGAAGAUAUGCAGCGAGAAUUAGCUGAUGAUGCCCCAUGGAAAAGGAUACAACAAAAUACAUUUACUCGAUGGGCAAAUGAACAUUUAAAAUUGCUUAAUCGUAAUCUUAAUGAUCUACAAUUAGAAUUAGGCGAUGGAUUAAAUUUAAUUGCAUUAAUUGAAGUUUUAUCACAAAAAAAAGUUCCACGUUAUAAUAAAAGACCAAAUUUUCGUUCACAAAAAUUAGAAAAUGUCUCAGUUGUAUUAGAUUUUUUGGAAAAUACUGAACGUAUACGUCUUGUGAAUAUUGAUGCUUCACAUAUUGUUGAUGGUAAAUUAAAACUAAUUCUUGGUUUAAUAUGGACAUUAAUUUUACAUUAUUCAAUUUCAUUACCUAUGUGGGAAUUCGAACAACCCGAUGGACCUGGCACGGGAAAAGAUGUAACACCCAAACAAAAACUCAUGAAUUGGGUUCAAGAAAAAUUACCACCAGAAUUACCUGUCACAAAUUUUACAUCCGAUUGGAAUGAUGGUCGUGCUAUUGGUGCACUCGUUGAUGCAUGUGCACCAGGACUUUAUCCGGAUUGGGCGGAUCGUGAUCCAAAGAAUGCAUUAGAAAAUGCUAAAGAAGCUAUGGAUUUAGCUGAACGUUGGUUAGGUGUCCCACAAUUAGUUGAACCACAUGAAAUGAUUAACCCUAAAGUCGAUGAACAAUCUAUGAUGACUUAUCUAUCACAAUAUCCAAGUGCUAAAUUAAAACCAGGUGCACCAAUUAGACCCAAAACAAAUUCAGCACGCGUUAGAUGUUAUGGAAAAGGUAUUGAACCAACUGGUAAUCACGUUGAUGCACCAGCUAAAUUUCAUGUUGAAACUUUUGCUGCUGGCAAAGGAAACGUUGAGGUGAUUGUUUUAAAUCCAAAAGGACAAAAAGAAAAAUGUGAAGUCGAAUUUCGUGAUGAUAAAAAUCAAACUUAUGAUUGCACAUAUUAUCCAACGAUGGAAGGACAAUAUAAAGUCAUUGUAAAAUUUGCAGGACAAGAAGUACCAAAAUCGCCAUUUUCACCUUUUAUUCAAGGCAAAUCAGGUGAUGCUAGUCAAUGUCGAGCAAGUGGACCUGGUCUUGAACCAAAUGGUGUUAUGGUUGAUAAACCAACAUGGUUUGAAAUUGAUGCUACAAAUGCUGGCAAUGGUCUUGCUGAAGUUAUACUUGCUGAUCCUCAAGGUCGACAAGAUGUUGUACCUGUAUCAGUCAAACAAACUGCUCCUGGCAAAUUUCGUUGUGAAUAUGUCCCACGUGAACCUGGUCUUCAUUCAGUAAAUGUAUUUUUUGCUGGUCGACCUAUACCAAAUAGUCCCUAUGGUGUUAAUGUUUCACCAUCAUCUGAUGCCAAAAAAUGUCGUGCUUUUGGACGGGGCCUUCAACCAAAAGGUGUUCGCACUGGUGAUGUAGCAGAAUUUCGUGUUGUUACUAAAGAUGCUGGAGAAGGUGUUAUGAAAGCAACAGUUGCUGGACCAGAUGGUUCCGAAGUCCCUUGUCGUGCAACAAAAGUUAACAAUACAACAUAUGAAUGUGGUUAUGUACCAAAUCGUGUUGGACCUCAUACAGUUAAUAUAACAUAUGGUGGUGCUCAUAUACCUAAAAGUCCAUUUCCGGUAGCAGUUGCACCUUAUAAAGAUUCACGUAUACGCGCAUUUGGACCUGGUCUUGAAGGUGGCAUUGUUGGUUUUCCAGCUGAUUUUGUUGUUGAAACUAAUGGUGAAACUGGUUCAUUAGGUUUUUCAAUCGAAGGACCAUCACAAGCACGUAUUGAAUGUAAUGAUAAUGGUGAUGGAUCAGCGAAUGUUCGUUAUUGGCCAACAAUACCAGGCGAAUAUGCUGUACAUAUUCUUUGUAAUGAUGAAGAUAUACCACAUUCACCAUUUAUGGCUUGGGUUGAAUCUCCAGGAAAUUUUGAUUCGAAUAAAGUUAAAGCUUAUGGUCCUGGACUUGAACCAGCAGGACAAAUUAUUGGUAAACCAACUGAAUUUACAAUUGAUACACAUAAUGCUGGUGAUGCUACAUUACGUGUUCAAGCUAUUGAUCAAGAAUAUCAACCAGUUGAUGUACAUGUACGAAAUAAUGGAAAUGGCACACAUACUUGUCGUUAUACACCAACAAACGCAAAUCGUCAUUGUAUUUUAAUUGAUUAUGGUGGUGUUGCUAUACCAAAUAGUCCAUUUCGAGUUUGGCCAAGUGAACCAUCAAAUCCAUCAAAAGUACGUGUUUUUGGUCCAGGUGUUGAACGUGGCAUAAAAAUGAAUACUCCUACACAUUUUACUGUUGAUUGUAAAGAAGCUGGUCCAGGGGAUAUAUCAAUUGCACUCACUGAUACAAAAAAUCAAGAUGUUCCAUUUACUAUUGAUGAUAAACAAGAUGGAACAUUUGAAAUUGCUUAUACACCAAAAUCACCUGGUGUACAUUGUAUUAGUGUUUUAUUUGGUGAAAAUGAAAUACCUAUAUCACCAUUAAAAGUUAAUGUUGAACCAGCUGUUGAUGUUAGUAAAAUACGUGUUGAAGGUCUUGAAACAAUGCCUAUUGUCGGACAGCCUGCUCAGGUAACAUUAAAUACAUUAGCAGCUGGUACACUACCAGCUAAUUUAAUUCAUGCUCGUAUUGUCGGACCAAAAGGCAAUACUGAAGAAGCAAUCGUAACGCCAGCACCACAAGGUUAUAAUCUUCGCUUUAAUGUACCUGAACCAGGUAUAUAUACCAUUGAACCAGAUGUAUGUACAAUACCUCUACGUCCCGUACAAAUCACAGCUAUUGAACCAAUUGAUCCAAGUAAAGUACAUGCUUUUGGACCAGGUCUUUCGCAAGGUACAGUUAAUAAACCAGCUGAUUUCGUUGUUGAUACACGUGGAGCUGGUAAUGGUCAAUUGGGUGUUACUGUUGAAGGACCAUCUGAGUCAAAAAUUGACUAUCAAGAUAAUAAUGAUGGUAGUUGUCGUGUAACAUAUCAUCCAACAGUCGCUGGUAAUUACAAUAUCAAUAUAUUAUAUGAAGGAAAACAUAUCGCUGAUUCACCAUUUCAUGCUGCUGUACGAGCUGAUCUUGAUACACGUACUAUUCGUUGUUAUGGUCCUGGAAUUGAUACAAACGAAGUAUUUCUUGAAAGUCCAACUGAAUUUACAGUUGAUGCUAAAUCAGUUACUAGUACUGGUUCAGGUCGUGUUGAAUGUUUAUUGACAUCACCAGGUGGACGAGUUGUUCGAUGUCCGAUUAAAAAUAUGAAUAAUGGAACUUAUCUAGUUCAAUAUGCUCCAUAUGAACCAGGCAUGCAUCAAUUGGAAGUAACUUAUGAAAAUAUUCCUGUACCAGGAAGUCCAUUUCGUGUUAAUGCUAUAUCAGGUUCUGAUUCUACACGUGUACGUGCUUAUGGACCUGGUCUUGAAACUGCCACAACAAAUGAACCAGUAACAUUUACUAUUGAAACAAAAGGUGCCGGACAAGGUAGCCUUGGCUUAGCAAUUGAAGGACCAUCUGAAGCCAAAAUGGUUUGUAAAGAUAAUCAAGAUGGUACUUGUGUUAUGGAAUAUUUACCAACAAAAGCUGGACAAUAUGAUAUAGCAAUUAAAUUUGCUGAACAACAUAUACCAGGUUCACCAUUUCAUGUUAAUGUACGUGAUCGACUUGACGCUAAUCAUGUCAAUGUUAAAAUGAGUUCAACUAUGCGUGCUAAUGCUUUACAAGAAAUUGUAAUCGAUGGUCAAACAGCUGGACCUGGUAAUCCAUCAAUUGACAUAACUGAUUCACAUGGUCGUCGUAAACCAGCUAGUAUUCGUCCUAGAGGUGAAGGUGUUUACGUUGCUGAAUUUACUCCACAAACAGAAGGUCCACAUCGUAUUGAUAUUAAUUGGAGUGAUCAACCAGUACGUCAAAGUCCAUUUAACGUUCAAGUAUUACCGAAUUUUGAACCACAUAAAGUCAUUGUUGACGGACCAGGUACUCGUAACGGUAUACCAGCAUCACUUGAAACACAUUUUCGUAUUGAUACACGUGACGCUGGUGUUGAACAUCCAGAAGUUUCAAUUAAAAAUCCUGAAGGUGUUCUAGUUUCUUCUAAAAUUAUCGAUAAUAAAGAUGGAACAUACAAGGUAACAUAUAAACCAAACGAUGUUGGCCGAUAUAUAAUUAAUGUUAAUUAUGGUGGUAUUCCGGUUAAUAAUUCUCCAUUCAACGUGAAAGUGGAACCGACCGGAGAUCCAACUAAAUGCCAAAUAUCUGGCAGUGGCAUUAGUCCUAAUGUUCAAGUAGGUGAAGAAUAUACAAUUACUGUUGACACACAUGAAGCUGGUCCAGGUGCCGUAACAGGUCGUAUACGUUCAACUGUUGGCAAUGAUCUCGAUAUUGAUAUUGUUGAUAAUGAAGAUGGAACAUUUAAUUUAUUCUAUAUACCACAUAAUCCAGGAAAUUAUGUUGUAAAAAUUAGAUUUGGUGGACAAGAUAUUCCAGGUGGUGAUUUUGUCGUUACGGCUGGUGAUACCACUACCAGUAAAUAUACUCGAACACAAUCAACAGAAUCUGUUACAUCAAGUCAAUAUCGUCCUGUUGAUUUUCGUUUACCAGUUGGUGGUAGUGGUCAAUUUAGUGAUAUCACUGCAUUAAUUCGAACACCAAAUGGUAAAUUUCAUACCCCAAAUAUUGAUGAUAAUCAAGAUGGAACUGUUUCAAUAAAAUAUCAACCAUCAGAAAUUGGUCUACAUGAAUUAGAUGUUUUCUAUCAAGGACAACCCAUAGCUGGUUCACCAUUUAAAUUUCAUGUUGAUAAAGUUCAAACAGGUUAUGUCACAGCAUAUGGACCUGGUCUUAGUCAUGGUGUUUGUAAUGAACCAUGUAACUUUCGUAUUGUUACUAAAGAUGCCGGUUCUGGUGGUCUUUCUGUUGCUGUUGAAGGUAGUUCAAAAGCUGAAAUUCAAUGUAAAGAUAAUAAAGAUGGUACAUGUGAUGUUACAUACUGGCCGACUGCACCAGGUGAAUAUACAAUAACAGUUAAAUUCGCUGAUAAACAUAUUGUUGGUUCACCAUUUACUGCUAAAGUAACUGGUGUACCACCAUCCGUUGAAAAACAUAAACGUUCACAAGUUAUGGUUGGUAGUCAAAGUGAAAUAAGUUUACGUGUAACUGAAUUAGAUAUACAUGAUUUAAAUGCUACAAUACGUUCACCAAGUGGUAUUGAAGAAGCAUGUUUACUUAAAAAAUUACCUAAUGGAAGUCUUGGAAUAUCAUUUAUACCGAGAGAAACUGGUGAUCAUUUAGUAAAUGUUUAUCGAGAUGGUAAACAUAUUAAAAAUAGUCCAUUUCGUAUACAUGUUGGAUCAUCAGAAAUUGGUGAUGCUACUAAAGUUAAAGUAUUUGGACGAGGUUUACAAGAAGGUUACGCUAAUCAAACCAAUGAUUUUACUGUUGUUACACGAGAUGCUGGUUAUGGUGGUUUAUCACUUUCAAUUGAAGGACCAUCAAAAGCUGAUAUUGAAUGUCAUGAUAACGAAGAUGGCUCAUGUCUUGUCACUUAUAAACCAACUGAACCCGGAGUCUACAUUGUUAAUGUUAAAUUUGCUGAUAAACAUGUACCUGGUAGUCCAUUUACAGUCAAUGUAGGUGGUCAUGGAUCAAAUCGACUUCGUGAAAGUAUCACACGUGAACGUCGUGCUGCUGAUAUAACACAUAUUGGCAGUCAAUGCGAAUUAUCCCUUAAAAUUCCUGGCACAUUAUCAUAUGAUAUGAAUGCUUGUGUAACAAGUCCAUCAGGCCGUUUAGAAAAUUGUGAAAUUGUUGAUCUUGGAGAUUGUAAUUAUUCAAUUAAAUUUAUUCCGAAAGAAAUGGGUGUUCAUACUGUUAGUGUUAAACAUAAAGAUAUACAUAUUCCUGGUAGUCCUUUUGAAUUUACUGUUGGUCCACUUCAAGGUGGCGGUGGUUCACAUAAAGUUCGUGCUAGUGGUAGUGGUCUUGUACGUGGUGAAGUGAAUACAACAAAUGAAUUUAAUAUUUAUACACGUGAAGCAGGUGCUGGUGGCUUAGCUAUUGCUGUUGAAGGUCCAGCUAAAGCUGAAAUAGAUUUCUUUGAUCGUAAAGAUGGUUCAUGUGGUGUAUCAUAUGUAUGUCCAGAAGCAGGUGAUUAUCAAAUAUCAAUUAAAUUCAAUGAUCAACAUAUUCCUGAAUCUCCAUUUAAUGUUUCAAUUGUUCCACCAUUUGGUGAUGCUAAAAAACUUACAAUACAUAGUCUUAAAACCAAAGGACUUGAAAUUAAUCGACAAUAUACAUUUACUGUUAAUGUUAACGGUGCACGUGGUCGUGUUGAUGCACGUGUAACAGCACCAAGUGGUGCCGAAGAAUCAUGUGUAGUACAAGAAAUGGGUAAUGAUCAUUAUGCUAUUCAAUUUAUUCCAAGAGAAAAUGGUAUUCAUUGGAUACAUGUUCGUUUUAAUGGACGUGAUAUACCUGAUUCACCAUUUCGUGUUGUUGUUGGACAAGCUAAUGCUGAUCCAGGUCGAGUAUUUGCUUCUGGUACUGGUUUAUAUCAAGGAGAUACUGGUCAAGCAUGUGAAUUUUUAAUUGAUACAACAAACGCUGGUGCUGGCGCAUUAGCUGUUACAGUUGAUGGACCAUCAAAAGUUCAACUUGAUUGUAAAGAAGUAGCUGAAGGUUAUCGUGUUACAUUUACCCCAACUGCACCUGGAGAUUAUCUUAUUUCAAUUAAAUUUGCUGGAACUAACAUUGCUGGUAGCCCAUUUAAAUGUACAGUCGGAGGUACUGGAUUAAAUACAAUUCGUGGAAGUGGCGGCAAUGGUGGUUUAAAUACAAUUACCUCAUCAUCAUCGUCAUUUGUUCAACGUUCUCAAGGAAAUGUCACAUCUCAAACAAGAUAUGAUGCUGUUGAAAAAACAACAUCAUUUUCAUCGAGUUCAAAACAAAAUAAUUAUGCUGCUGUCGAUGCAAGUCGAGUACGUGCACAAGGAGAAGGUUUAUCACGAGCUUACCGAAAUGAAAAAGCAGCAUUUACUGUUGAUACACGUGAUGGUGGAAAUGCUAUGUUAAUGGUUGGUGUAUUUGGUCCAAAAUCUCCAUGUGAAGAAGUUUUUAUAAAACAUAUUGGAAAUAAUCAAUACAAUGUUCAAUAUACUGUUCGAGAAAAGGGUGAAUAUAUGUUGAUUGUUAAAUGGGGUGAUCAACAUAUUCCAGGUUCUCCAUGGCAUAUUGAAGUUGUUUAA